AGAGCACCCUGAUUAGCACGCCAGAGAGCCGCUUACACCGUCGUCGUAUCCGUGAUCAUGGCCAAGAUCCUCGACAAGGACCCCGUCACCUACGAGAGGGAGAGGGAAAACUUCAUGAAGGACCUCCGGCAUUUCCACGAAACCAGAGGGACGCCAUUUCGGAAGUCUCCGAAAAUCAGUGGGAAGGAGAUAGAUCUGUAUUUGUUGUACGUCGUCGUUACCGCCCGUGGUGGAUGGAUAAAGGUGAAUACCAGAAAUGAAUGGGCUUCGCUAUGCGAACAAUUUCAUCUGCCGAACGGCUGCGUCAACAGUGGAAUCGGUCUCAAACAAAUAUACCUUCGAUAUUUAGACAGGUACGAAAAGGUUCAUUUCUUAGGAGAAGAUGGACAGCAAGCGGACGAUGAAGACGAAGAUUCCAGACACCGGAAAUGGUCUGCUAGGGCAUUACAUUCGGUUCCUCUUACUUAUAAUCAUCAUCAACAUAAUGUUGCAGAAUCUCUUCGCGAUUACAAUGGUCUUUCGUCCGAUCUUUACAAACCAUCCAACUACGACAAAUUGGCAUUGUCGCUUCUUUCGCCUCUUCCAAACGAACAAGACUUCGCGAUCAAUGUUUGCACGCUUUUGUCAAACGAAGGGAAACAUACGUUACGUCUCGAUAAGUAUCCACGUUUGGUGAACAUCCUGCUUGCGCACGCUGGCGUUUUCGAUUCGCCUGGUACGCGACAACUUUUCAUCGAGGUUUAUUCUCGUGUGAGGAACUAUUCUAUCAAUUCGUUUUGGUCGGACGUACUCGAUUCGCAAGACGUGAUAGACCUUACGAACGAGAAAACCUUUAUGAAGAAGCCAUCGACGAGCUUACACACGUUCUCCAGGCGGAAAACGUUAGAGAAAGAGAAGCAAAAUAAAGUGACGGUAACGGUCCAAGACAACGAGGAAACGGUCACGUCGAUGGAUGUGGAUGGGGUGCUUCCGGACUGUUCACGUCUAGAUCCUAUUGGUUCUCAUCAAGAUGAGAAUUUUAAAGAUCAGAAUCAAAAUUCGAUAAAGUUUGAAGAAGAGGAUAAAGACUUGUUUUGCGUCGGUAGAACGUUAGGCACGCAGGAUCCGUACGGUCAACGCGUGUUACAGAUAGCGUCUAUCUUACGAAAUCUCAGUUUCACUCCGGAGAAUGCCGCGGUGCUAAGCAGGAAUCGAUGUUUUUUGAGAUUCGUAUUGUUAUGUAUAAGAGCAAGAUGGAGUAACUUGCAUCAACUUGGUUUCGAUAUACUAGGAAAUAUAGCAAACGAAAUCGUUUUAAAAGAAGCUGGCGAAAGGAUAACAGACGUUGUUCUGUCUUGCGUGGCAAAAGGUAUCGAGUCGCAAGACAGAUUUAUCGUUAUAUCCUGUUUGGAGGUGCUUAAUAAGAUCAGUCAACAGGAUAGUAACGAGGAAAUCGUUACGUUUGGUUUGGAAGAUAGCGUGUAUGAACUUAUUUGCAGGUUUUUAGCUCUAAGUGAUAUAGCUCUUUUAGUUUAUACUUUGGAGUGUUUGUACGCUUUAACGUCGUUGGGCGAAAGACCGUGUACUAGUGUCGCGCGGGUACGUGGAGCUAUCGAUACAUUGGUCGCGCUUGUCACCGUCGAAGCACAGAGUUAUGGUCCAAAAGCUUGCAUUUUGAUGAGAGUGGUAGAAACUGUAUCUACUAUACCCACACCUUCGAAUACGUCUCAGAAUACUCCUGUUGCUGCUGCUGCCACUACUCCGGUUGCGUCAGCAACAUCAUCACCCGUGCCAGCUACUCCAGCUACGAUUACCGCUACGUCGGCUCCAGUUAGUCCAGCAUCUUCUAGACCUAAUACACCUGCGUCUUCGAGCAAAUCUACAACGCACAAAGCAGUAGAGACAGCUAAUGCGCUUCAACAACAACACGCGCAUCAACAAAUCAUUCAGGAGAACGAGCAAUUCGCUUUAGGAUGGUUAAGAGCUACCUUUGAGCUUGCACCAGGCAUACGUAUAGAACAAGAGGAACUUUACAAAAAAUAUCUCGGGUGUUGUACGAAGAUCGGCAGGAGAGGAGUAAUCGCGCCACUUCAUUUUCCCAGAUGCGUUAGGUCAGUGUUCGGGGGAACUAUUGGUCCAAAUCCACUCAAAGGAGAAUCAACUGGUACUCAGUAUUACGAAGGAAUCCGUGUACGGGCUACACCAGGCCAAGUAACUUAUCCGAGCCAAACUGUAAUUGCGACUAAUACAGCUCCGAUACCAGCGGUCAACACAACUCCAGUAAAGGUGCUUCCCGUACAACAGCGUACAAUCAAGAAUAUAAGUCCUGCUCCCGAUAGCACGGCCCUAGACAAUCCCGCAUCUGGAGUUCACAGAACUCCAGCCCCUGCAUCUCCCAUUCUAAAAGCCCAGUUGUCUGCCCCCCCAAAACCACCUUCUUCCAGUACGUCAAAUCAAUCCCAAAAUCCAGUCACCAAGGUUGAUUCUAAAAGUCAGGUAUCAGUAUCUCACCCCCAUCUGAGUCAAGCAUUGCUGGCCAGUGGAUCCCAAAAUCAACAGCAGCAGCAGCAACACUCCCAAUCUGUCCAAGUAGUAACAAAAGAAGAUAACCGAAGUAGUACUACAUCCAGUUCUAUAAUAAAAAGCCUUUUGGCUACCAAGGUAACAGCCAGCAGUGACUGCAUGUCCAGUGCUGCUGCAACUUGUGUGUCUACCCUUACUGCCUGUGUAACAAACACUACCACUAGCAUCGCAUCCAGCAUCAGUGCCAACCAGCUAAUAACAAGCAACCAGGUUGCACAACGUCAACAGCAGCAAAGGUUACUGCAACAACAGUUAACAGGCGUGAUACAACCCGCAGCUCCUGCAGCUACCCCAGCAACAAUACUUCCUAAAGCUUCUGUGAACUCUAAACAAAAACCAGUGAUUACAGCUAUUCCUGCCAAAAAAAUACAGAGACUUAAUGGAGCUAAAUAUGUUUUGACUAACAAUUGUGAGAAGACUGAAGUAAAUGAUGUAAAUGAAAGUCUCAACCAAAUCGUAACAUCAACUACAGUAAUUUUGAAUUCAACUGAGAAUCACAUAUCCUCGAUUGUAAAGGUUUGUCAACCACCGAUCUCCACCACAAUUGGUACAAACAAGUCCAACCAGCGAAGUAUGUGUACUUCGAUUGCUGAAGAUUCUGAUUCAACGAACAAUUCUUUGGCUUCUAGUAGUGGCAUAGGUGGUAGUAGAGAUUUUUCCGGUGUUGGUGCUGAAGAAGAUAAUUCUUUAACGAGUUUUGAAGGAAUACUUUUAAAUGGUGUACCAACUAACAUAGAUAUUAAUAUUCAAGAUGAUGGAUCAUCCAAAGAUUCAUCUAGCAUAAGUUCGAAGGAAAAACCGUUGCAAAGUAUGAUGUUGGCCGAUUUAUUGGAAAGAAAGGUAGAUAAAGAGCCUAUUUUAAAUGGAGUUCUUGGAAAGAAUUCAAUCAACGAAAAAGGAAUGGAUUUGGUUGAAAAUCAUAUUAAAAAGGUAUUAAAAGAAUCUCCGACUGAUAUUAAAAUAAAAAAUGAUAUAACAGAAAGUAAUACAAUGCAGACAGAAGUAUCCGAAGAUACGUUAAUUGAAGCUCCUAGAGGAAUAAAAAGAGCAGCUAGUGAAUCUGAUGAGAUGGAUGCAAAGAAACCAAAAUAUUCUAAUGGCACUACGUCACCUGAUCCUGCUGUUGAUUCAACAACCGCUGAAUCUACUGUAUCCAGUAUAAAAUCGGAAGAACAAGAAGAUGACAAAGACAGUGAAAAAGCAACAGUUUCGUCUACUGCUGCAAAUCUUUAUGCAGCUCUUGCUGCUGAUUGCAUAGAAGAUGAAACUGAUCUUGAUGAACAAGUGAACGUUAACAAGGAAGAACCUUCUUCAAUCGUGAAACAAACGCCUCGCAUAUUUAUUAGACAAAUUAGUCAGCAACAACACCAACAGCAACAGCAGCAGAAGCUGCAGCAACAGCAGCAGCAGCAGCAGCAGCAGCAACAGCAACAGCAACAGCAACAGCAACAGCAACAACAACAACAACCACAAUCACAGCAACAGCAACAUCAGCAACAACCACAACAACAGCAGCAGCAACAACAACAACAACAACAACAACCACAACCACAGCAACAUCAGCAACAACAACAACCACAACAGCAGCAGCAGCAGCAACAACAGCAGCAGCAGCAGCAGCAGCAGCAGCAGCAGCAGCAACAACAGCAGCAGCAGCAACAACAACAGCAACAACAACAACAACAACAACAACAACAUCAUCAUCAUCAGCAUCAGCAUCAACAGUCACAGCAACAUCAUCAGCAACAUCAACAGCAGCAUCAACAGCAGCAUCAACAACAGUUGAUAGUAGCGACUCCACGACAAAUAGUUGUUCAGCAAACGAUUCAAUCAAAUAAUCAAGUUAUAAUUCCUGCUACGUCCGUUAAAGGAAGACAAGCGCAAACACAGCCACAAGUUUUGUUACAACAAAGUGCGGGAGGGCAGUUGCAAUAUGUCGUAUCUGGUGGUGUUCCUGGACAAAACUAUGUGUUGGCUCAACCACAAACAGCUUUAGUACAAGGGCAAGCACAGACAGUUCUCGUUGCUCAAACAACCCAACAACAAGGCACUGGCACAAAAACUAUUAUAAUUUUACAGCCACAAGCUGCGCCUCAACCAACACCACAAAAAAUGGUAGCUGUUACACCUCAAGGACAACAAGUUGUUGUAACUCAAGUUCCACGUCCUAUUUUACAAAGUCCAGCUCUUGGAAAUAUUCCUCCUCCGUUGGUACCUACGUCAGCCACAAUUCCACAGACUUCCAUAAUAGUUAAUAGUUCUGUAGCACAAACUAAUCCAAAUACUGUAACUGUUACGAUACCUGCGAUGGCUCAACAGAAUCCAGUGUCUGCUAGUGUACCAUCGAGGGUCGUAACACCAACUCCUGCUUCGACUCCACCACCUACAAGACCAACUACGCCUCACCAAGCAGCAGCGACACAUGGACAUUCAGUUAAACCAACAAUAAAGGCUAUAAAAACUGUAAGUUCUUCGACUUCAACAGAGCCAGAAUCGAAACCUUCUACGAGUCAACUUCCAUCUGAGAAUAAAACUAUUACUAUUAAAAUUGAUCCUAACGCAUAUCUGUGUGAAUGGCGAGGUUGUCUAAGGCAAUUUAAAACUCCCCAUGAAGUUUUUCUUCAUGUGUGUGAAAUUCAUUGUCCAACUGGCGGAGAAGAAAUAUUGUGCUUAUGGGGCAGUUGCGAUGCUUUAAAGAGACGUCGAUUCUCUUUAAUGACGCAUUUAUUCGAUAGGCACUGUAAUUCUGAUGCAAUGACUCUUAGAAGAAAACAAUUAACAGUGACUGGAAAAACUGAAGUAUCUACGUCCACUCCCCCAACGCCUCAUCACCCUGGAUAUGCACCGAAUGCAGCAUUCCAUGCCAUUAAAAGACAUGCUUUGGAAUUCGUGAAUCCUAAGGAAUUGAUGCAGCAGAGGCCAACCAAGCCCGCUGCAGCCACUUCAAGCUCUUCUUCUCCCAGACCUGGGCAAAACCCUCCACCAGAACAGGAUGACAACGAAGGUCCAGUGACCAAAAGUAUUCGCCUCACGGCAGCUCUUAUUCUCAGAAACCUAGUCAUAUACUCAACACAUGGUAGAAGGCAUCUUAGAGCAUAUGAACCUCAUUUGGCAGGUGUGGCAUUAAGUAAUGUUGAAUCAUCAAGGACGAUCGCACAAGUUUUAUACGAUAUGAAUGAUCAGAGCAGUAGUAGUCAUAGGUGACCUCUUGAUGCAGGCCUCUAAGCUCUUAAACUUUCCGAGGAGCGAUUGACUUGGUUAUUUCAAAUUCAGCUGGCAAAGGUAAACAGUGGAGUUAUAAGGUAGUAUGGAUUUUUGAGAAAUUUUGGAUUGUGUCUUUGUGUAUAAAAUCUGAAAAGAAACUGAAAGAAGACAUAGCGAUGUUCCAUAUAUAAAGAGGCCUAUAAACUUACUAGGCAAGUCAGUUUGCCAAUUUAGACCACAAUACAAACUGUAACUAGUGACAUGAAACAAAGACAGUAGUUGAAGUGAUGCAGAACAGUGAUAAUGAACGAAAUAAUAUUUCAGAUUUAAUAUUAAUAUUUAUUUUCUCAACAAGAAGCGACGAAUGUUUUUAGUAAACGUGUACAAAAACGGCGAAGAAAAUACUUUAUGGACGUUAUAGUUAAUUGUAAUCAAUAUUAUACAAUUAUUAAUUAAUAUUAUUGUAUGUUUUUUCAUAAGCCACCAAGAACCUAGAAUGUAAAAAAUCUUUUUAUCAGAUAUGUUUCUCUUAGGAAUUUAUUAUUUGCUUAUAAUUGCACACAUCUUGCAGUUAAAUGGCUACAUUAUUGUCUCUCUUUGUUUUACUUUUGAGUAAUCUUAUAGUCAAAAGUUAGUAAGGAAUCACAGCAUAUUAGCGAAUUUAUCACAACAGAAUAAUUCAUAUCAUUGCAGAAUUUGAAUAUCUACUUUAAAUCAACUUUAUCUUCAGCAUUUUCUGCAUAUUCAAAUCGUCUGAUACAUCUGACAUUUUUUUUUAAUAUUUAUUUUACAAAUCAUAACACUCCAAAAAUUCAACUUUUUUGCAACUUUGUCAUUAGCAAAUUUUUGUAACGAUGUAAUUCUUCAUUAAAUUAUUUAUACAAAUUGUGCAACAAUAUGAUUAAUCGAUUAAGUUUUCUAUGUAGAUCUAUAAAAGAAUCAUAUACUUUAUACAUACAACAUAGGGCCUAAAAAUGUCGUGCUACUUAUUAUAAUCUUGUCAGUCCCUUCUUUUUCUUUUUUUAACGCGAUACGAUUGUAUUUUUAUUUUUUAAUCUGACAGCUUCAGCGGAGUAAUUAUAAGAUAUCAAAGUUCCAUGCACAAUGUAUAUAAAUGUUUAUCAUAUCUUUGAUUCGUUUUCACUAGAUUAUGCAAAAUUUACUAAUCUUUAAUAGAUGUAAUAGUUGUUUGUUUAAUUACGAUGCAUAAUGACAAAGUUUUUUUUUUUUUUAGAGAAUUUUACAUAAUUGAUUUUCACAUAAAAUAUUGUAUUUCUAAAAAUUUUAUAUUACGUAGAAUGUAAAAAUAAUGCCAUAAAAGAUAAUUUCCAUCGGUCUCAGAAAUCUAAUGAUGGUAACAAAUUUACUCUAACUUGGUUCUUUGGUGCAUUAAAUAUAAUUUAUGUAAAAGGUGUCUUUUUUUUUUCAAAUGUUUUAAAAGUUUUAUAUUAUUGAACAUCUUACAACUUCACAUAGAUUGCAUUUACAUAUUGUUUCUCAAGUAUCCCGAGACACCAGUAACAUUGCGUAUAAAUUAAGCUAAUCAUAUUCAACUAUAUAUAUAUAUAAUAUACAUACCUGUACAUAAUACUUGUAUUUCAUUCAUGAUGUUACAGCGUCUGUGUAAAUUUCUUAAAGUUGUAAGGUUAAGCGUUUAAAAGAGCGAAGUAAAAAUAUUGUAUUAUAAUAGAUUAUGACAAAACGUAGAAGUUGCAAAAGAUGGAUUUUUGUAAUUACUCAUCAGGUUCAGCAACAGCUACAAAUGCUGGAUCGGUAUUAUAAAAACGCUGAUUAAGAAUAAUUAAAAAUAUAAACUAUAAUAAUGGACCCUAUGUGAGCCUCUAUUAUGUAUUUUAUACAUAAAUAUAUAUAUAUAUAUAUAAAAACAAGUUUAAUAGCUGACCGUUUAGGAGGAUGAAAAUCUUAAUGAGAGGCUUUUUAUUUUUAUUAUUUGUAAUUAUCUAGUUUACACAUUCAUCAUUUGGUACGAUCAUUGAAGAUCAUAAAUAAACAACUGUGUAAAAGAAUGAAAGGUUCAUGUAAUAAAUAAGUACGAUGAAAAAUAUAAAAGGAAAUGAAUGAAUGUCUUUGAUAUUCAUUCUGCCAUUAUAUCGUACGGAUGUGUUAAUAGCGUAUUAGUACUACCGAGCGAAAGAUAUUGAUAGCCGAGUGAUAAUGAAUAUCCUGAUGAUCAUAUUGCCACAUUGCCAGUUAGGCAAUAUAUACUAUUAAAAAAAAAUUUAAAUACAAUAAUUAUAUCGUAUAUUUUUCAUGUGCUUUGUGUUAAUUUUUUAAAUUUCAAAAAUCUAGUAAAUUACCUACUUUUCCCAUGUGCGAAAUGUAUAUAAUGUCGAUGGAAAAUGACUCUGUGGAAAGAAUAAAUAAGAAGCAUUUAAUUUA